GGGGAGAGCUCAGCCAGCCCUGCAGGGCGAGCAGUCCAGCCCUGGGCUCACCGGAGCUUAAGCGUUGCAGCAGGAAAACUUCCAUCUCGCUCUCCUGGCUUUGAUCCUCACUGGACAGCAGACCAGAGGCACCGAAGGGAGGGAGGAUGCGAGAUGACCGGCCCUUUGGCAACCUGACCAUCGACUUAGCAGAGCCUUCAAAAGCGAGCCAGGGGCUGGCUGCACGACCAAGGAGGCGCCGCGCCUCUCGUGGAUGUGUGUGUGUGAGUGAUCCAGCGAGUGUGUGUGCGUGUGAGGGUGUGUGUGUAUGCCUGUGUGCACAUCACAAUUGUGUGUGUGUCCGGGUGAGUGUGCGUGUGCACGCGUGAGUGUGUGUGUGUAUGUUUGCAUGUGGGUGUGAGUGCUCUUGGCUAUUAUUAUUAUUUUUGGAAGAAACAUCUUUGAAAAUCUGGGGCAGGUUACUGUGCUCCUAGGGUGAUUCUUCUUUUGCAAGAGGAGCUGACCACAGCAAGCUACUAGAGCCAUUUCUCGGCAAGUGAAGAGAUUUUUCCUCCCAGAAGGAGAAGGAUUUUUCUCCCUGGUCUGCAGCCAAGUGAAAGAGAUUAGUCCCUAAACCUGUGAAAUCGACCAGAGCUGUGUGAUUACCAGGGCUUGAGAGAGGACUCGAAAAGAAAAGGAGAAAUAAAUCAGCCUGUCAGUUCCUUUGGCCACAUCGGAAGAUGUCAUCUCAAACUAAGUUCAAGAAAGACAAAGAAAUCAUUGCUGAAUAUGAAGCCCAAAUAAAAGAGAUCCGUACGCAGCUGGUGGAGCAGUUCAAAUGUCUGGAGCAGCAAUCAGAGUCGCGACUGCAGCUGCUUCAAGACCUCCAGGAGUUUUUCCGCCGGAAAGCUGAGAUUGAGCUCGAGUACUCCCGCAGCCUGGAGAAGCUGGCUGAGCGCUUCUCCUCCAAAAUCCGCAGCUCCCGGGAGCACCAGUUCAAGAAGGACCAGUACCUCCUCUCACCUGUGAACUGUUGGUAUCUGGUUCUGCAUCAGACCCGGCGGGAGAGCCGAGACCAUGCCACUCUCAAUGACAUCUUCAUGAACAAUGUCAUCGUCCGCCUCUCCCAGAUCAGUGAGGAUGUCAUCAGACUCUUCAAAAAGAGCAAGGAGAUUGGCCUGCAGAUGCAUGAGGAGCUCCUGAAGGUGACCAAUGAGCUCUACACAGUCAUGAAAACCUACCACAUGUACCAUGCGGAGAGCAUCAGUGCAGAAAGCAAGCUGAAGGAGGCCGAGAAGCAGGAGGAGAAGCAGUUUAACAAGUCCGGAGACCUCAGCAUGAACCUGCUCCGGCACGAGGACCGGCCCCAGCGCCGCAGCUCCGUGAAGAAGAUUGAGAAGAUGAAGGAGAAGAGGCAGGCCAAGUACUCUGAGAACAAGCUGAAAUGCACAAAGGCCCGAAAUGACUACUUGCUCAAUCUGGCAGCCACCAACGCAGCUAUAAGCAAAUACUACAUCCAUGACGUCUCCGAUCUGAUCGAUUGCUGUGAUUUGGGCUUUCAUGCCAGCCUGGCCCGCACCUUCCGGACCUACCUCUCAGCUGAAUACAACCUGGAGACGUCUCGCCACGAGGGGCUGGAUGUCAUUGAGAAUGCGGUGGACAACCUGGAUUCCCGAAGCGACAAACACACAGUCAUGGACAUGUGCAACCAGGUCUUCUGCCCUCCACUCAAGUUCGAGUUCCAGCCCCACAUGGGGGAUGAGGUAUGCCAGGUCAGCGCUCAGCAGCCCGUCCAGACAGAACUGCUCAUGCGGUAUCACCAGCUGCAGUCCAGACUGGCCACCCUCAAGAUAGAGAAUGAGGAGGUUAGGAAAACCCUGGAUGCCACCAUGCAGACCUUGCAGGAUAUGCUGACGGUGGAGGACUUUGAUGUCUCCGAUGCCUUCCAACAUAGUCGAUCAACGGAGUCUGUCAAGUCCGCUGCCUCUGAGACCUACAUGAGCAAGAUCAACAUUGCCAAGAGGAGAGCCAACCAGCAGGAAACAGAAAUGUUUUAUUUUACAAAAUUUAAAGAAUAUGUGAAUGGCAGUAACCUCAUCACCAAGCUGCAGGCCAAGCACGAUUUACUCAAGCAGACCCUGGGCGAAGGGGAAAGAGCAGAAUGCGGCACCACCAGGCCCCCCUGUCUUCCCCCUAAACCACAGAAAAUGAGGAGACCUAGGCCUCUCUCAGUGUAUAGCCAUAAACUCUUUAACGGCAGUAUGGAAGCAUUCAUUAAGGAUUCAGGACAAGCUAUACCACUUGUAGUCGAGAGCUGCAUCCGAUACAUCAAUUUAUAUGGACUCCAGCAGCAGGGGAUCUUCAGAGUGCCAGGUUCUCAGGUGGAAGUCAAUGACAUCAAAAAUUCCUUUGAGAGAGGUGAAGACCCCCUUGUGGACGAUCAAAAUGAACGAGAUAUCAAUUCAGUUGCUGGUGUUUUAAAACUCUAUUUCCGAGGACUGGAAAACCCACUCUUUCCUAAGGAAAGGUUUCAAGAUUUGAUAUCUACUAUUAAACUGGAGAACCCAGCUGAGAGGGUGCACCAGAUCCAGCAAAUCCUCGUCACCCUUCCCCGUGUGGUCAUCGUGGUCAUGAGAUACCUCUUCGCUUUCCUCAACCACCUCUCCCAGUAUAGCGACGAGAACAUGAUGGAUCCCUACAACCUGGCCAUCUGCUUCGGGCCUACCCUCAUGCACAUCCCCGAUGGGCAGGACCCUGUGUCCUGCCAGGCACACAUCAAUGAAGUCAUCAAAACCAUCAUCAUCCAUCAUGAAGCCAUCUUCCCCAGCCCCCGGGAGCUAGAGGGACCUGUGUAUGAAAAAUGCAUGGCUGGAGGGGAAGAAUAUUGUGACAGCCCACACAGCGAGCCAGGGACCAUCGAUGAAGUUGACCAUGACAAUGGCACUGAGCCUCAUACCAGCGAUGAAGAAGUGGAGCAGAUUGAGGCAAUUGCCAAGUUUGACUACAUGGGACGGUCCCCGCGUGAGCUGUCUUUCAAGAAAGGGGCCUCGCUGCUCCUGUACCACCGCGCCUCGGAGGACUGGUGGGAGGGCCGGCACAAUGGCGUGGAUGGACUCAUCCCCCAUCAGUACAUAGUUGUACAGGACAUGGAUGAUGCCUUCUCCGACAGCCUGAGCCAGAAGGCUGACAGCGAGGCUAGCAGUGGGCCACUGCUGGAUGACAAGGCCUCUUCCAAAAACGACCUCCAGUCCCCAACGGAGCACAUCUCGGAUUACGGCUUUGGGGGGGUGAUGGGCCGAGUGCGGUUACGAUCUGAUGGAGCGGCCAUCCCCAGACGCCGAAGUGGGGGCGACACACACAGCCCACCCCGGGGCCUGGGCCCCAGCAUAGACACACCACCCCGGGCUGCUGCCUGCCCCAGCAGCCCCCACAAAAUACCCCUCAACCGGGGGAGGAUUGAGAGCCCUGAGAAGCGGAGGAUGGCGACGUUCGGGAGCGCUGGCAGCAUCAACUACCCUGACAAGAAGGCGCUCUCCGAAGGGCACUCAAUGAGGUCGACCUGCGGUUCCACCAGGCACAGCAGCCUAGGGGACCACAAGUCCCUGGAGGCCGAGGCCCUGGCAGAAGACAUCGAGAAGACCAUGAGCACAGCUCUGCACGAGUUGCGGGAACUCGAGAGGCAGAACACGGUCAAGCAGGCGCCAGAUGUGGUGCUGGACACCCUGGAGCCCCUGAAGAACCCCCCAGGCCCCAUCAGCUCGGAGCCUGCCAGCCCCCUUCACACCAUCGUCAUCCGCGACCCUGAUGCUGCCAUGCGCCGGAGCAGCAGCUCCUCCACCGAGAUGAUGACCACCUUCAAGCCAGCCCUGUCUGCCCGCCUGGCCGGUGCCCAGCUGCGCCCGCCUCCCAUGCGGCCCGUGCGGCCGGUGGUCCAGCACCGGUCCAGCAGCAGCAGCAGCUCAGGCGUGGGCAGCCCAGCCGUGACGCCCACCGAGAAGAUGUUCCCCAACAGCUCAGCGGACAAGUCGGGCACCAUGUGACCUGCAGGAUGGGCCGCCCCGUCAUGGCCCACUGUGGCUCGCCAUGGCCCAGGGUGGCCUCGGUGGCUUCCACGUGCUUCCCAGUGACCCUGGCCUUGGAGGGCAGAGGUCAGCCUGGGAGGGUGUGUCUGUGCAGAGCUGAGGUAGGCGCUGGCUGCAGCUCACAUCCAGCCAUGGGAAUCCCACAGACCUCUCGCGUGUCCGCAGACGUCCAGAGGAGUGCCGGAGCUCCGGCAGCCCCAACCACAGCAUCUCCUAACAUAGAGGCGACAUGCGACAUGGCUUCUCCCGCAUAUCCUCACUGGAAACUUCUCUCGACAUUCUGUCUACAUACCUAUAUGUGUGUGUAUAUCGACGUGUGCAUAUAUACACAUGUAUAUGUAUGUAUGUGUCUGUAGGUGUGUGUAUAUAUAUAUAUUUAUGCAUCUAUAUACAUAUACUAGAUCUGGACACACACAUACUAAGUGUAUAUAGUAUCUCCUUUUUCUUUUUAUGAAACUUAGAUUUACCUCAGACCCAUGCCACCAAACAUCUCCCACCGAGUUAUUUGGUGGGAUUUGCAGGGACUUUUCUGGGAGAACUUAGAGGCCCAUAGUAACUGCGAAUGAAGCAAUAUACCACUAACCUGCAGAAAAACACAAACAAAAACAGUCUCCCACUGUCUCCAGAAGUCGUGGCCUUCCAGAACAGUCUGCCCCUCAAGGAAGGGUGGGGCAGGCAGUACUCCCAAGCAGGCUGCUCCCAGAGCUGGGGAACCCUUCAUAGAAAAUCCCCACCCCCAUCCACCCCAGAGACCCUGCCCUUCCACCCGGAGGCCAAAGGCCAACUGUACCCCCGAAGGCACGGGAGAAAGUUGGCGAGAAGACCCCUGACCACCACAUCCUUGUGUUUGUGUGUAGAGGCAGGGGAUAGUGAGAACCUCAGCCCCAUCGUAGCACAGUAUUACAUGUGGUUGGGAAAAAGGGAAAAAUAAAAAUACAGUGGUGUGGAAUACUUCAAAACCUAGAAACGCUGUAGGAAUAAAUCUGUGGUAACUAUAGAGGUUUAACUUA